GCACUGGUGUGGCGAAAAAAAUAACAGGAAAUGACGUAUGCAGCAAUGGCAUUAUCUCCCUUCACAUCCGUAGCUUGCGAGCUUGUGCACAAUGGGACAAAAGCAAUCGGGGGGAAGUGGUGGACAAGGGGGUGAUAAGUCUGACGAUAAGGAUAAGAAACGUAAAUAUGAGCCACCAAUACCAACCCGUGUGGGAAAGAAGAAGAAAAAGUCAAAGGGACCUGAUGCUGCUACCAAACUUCCCCAAGUGACUCCUCACACACGCUGCAGAUUGAAGCUUUUGAAAUUAGAGCGUAUCAAGGACUACUUAUUACUAGAAGAAGAAUUCAUCCGAAAUCAAGAGAGACUUAAGCCUCAGGAGGAAAAACAUGAAGAGGAGCGCAGUAAAGUUGAUGAGCUACGUGGGACUCCUAUGUCAGUUGGAAAUCUUGAAGAAAUCAUUGAUGACAAUCAUGCCAUUGUUUCAACAUCAGUGGGCAGUGAGCACUAUGUCUCCAUUCUUUCUUUUGUGGACAAGGAUCAGCUGGAACCUGGCUGCUCAGUUUUACUGAACCACAAGGUGCAUGCUGUGGUGGGUGUCUUGUCUGAUGACACAGAUCCCAUGGUGACAGUGAUGAAGCUUGAGAAAGCCCCACAGGAAACAUACGCAGACAUAGGAGGGCUUGAUUCGCAGAUACAGGAAAUUAAGGAAUCUGUUGAACUCCCUCUAACACAUCCUGAGUACUAUGAGGAAAUGGGCAUCAAGCCACCCAAAGGUGUGAUCUUGUAUGGGCCACCUGGUACAGGUAAAACACUGCUGGCCAAGGCUGUGGCUAAUCAGACAUCUGCAACAUUUCUGCGUGUUGUUGGUUCAGAGUUGAUCCAGAAAUAUUUGGGUGAUGGUCCUAAACUAGUGCGGGAACUGUUCCGUGUGGCAGAGGAACAUGCUCCGUCUAUUGUCUUUAUAGAUGAAAUAGAUGCUGUUGGAACAAAAAGGUAUGAGUCAAACAGUGGAGGAGAGCGUGAAAUUCAGCGAACCAUGUUGGAGUUGCUCAACCAGCUUGAUGGCUUUGACUCAAGAGGCGAUGUAAAGGUUAUUAUGGCAACAAACAGAAUUGAGACACUUGAUCCAGCACUCAUCAGACCUGGCCGAAUCGACCGGAAGAUCGAGUUUCCUUUGCCAGAUGAAAAGACUAAGCGUCGCAUUUUCACAAUUCACACUUCUCGUAUGACACUUUCUGAUGACGUCAACAUUGAUGACUAUGUUAUGUCCAAGGAUGAUUUGUCAGGAGCAGAUAUUAAGGCUAUCUGCACUGAGGCAGGACUUCUUGCACUUAGAGAACGUCGUAUGAAAGUUCGUAAUGAGGACUUUGCCAAGGCUAAAGAGAAUGUCCUUUACCGUAAAAAUGAAGGCACACCAGAAGGACUAUACCUGUGAUACGUAUGUCAUCAUAUAGAGCAGAAUUUCUUUCUGAAAAGUGCUCACCAAUGGACUGUAGAGGAUUAUUCUUCCAGGCAAAGACAUUGGUGUUCUUCAGUCAUGUGUGGUUAUGAGGUUACGAGUGCUAAGCUAUGUAGUGAAAAUGAACUUGCAGUAAAGGAGAUUCUGUGGUUUGAUAUACCUACCAUCCAACGGACCUUGAAAUCUUGAUCAGUCACAUGCAGUUUGUAAACACUGUUUCUUGUUCAGAAGACACAUUUUGCUGUUUGUUGGAUCCACUUCUUAUCUUCUGGUUUGAAAAUCAAGAUGGUAUGUGUUUGCUUUCAGUGGCAUAAAUAAACAUCACUUCUAAACUGCAAA